UUCUGAUGGCGGGGCUCCUCCUCCUCGCCGUCGACCUCGCGGCCCUGGCGGUGGUCCUGCUCGCCGCCCCCGCCUCCCCGUUCUCGCUGCACGGCCACUUCUCCGCAAGCUACGGCGGCGGCGUCCGGACGCAGCACCAGGCCGACGCGUCGGCGGCGGCGGAGCACGGCGAGCACCACGUCCCCGCCGAAGGCGCCCUGGCGCACGAGUUCCUGGAGGCGCACAACCAGCUGCGCGCCAAGUACGGCGUCCCGCCGCUGCGCUGGAGCAGCAAGCUGGCCCGGUACGCGCGCCGCUGGUCGUCCAUGCGCCGCUUCGACUGCGUCAUGAUGCACUCCCCGGCCUCACCCUACGGCGAGAACGUCUUCUGGGGCUCUGGCAGCGACUGGCGCGCCGCCGACGCCGUCAAGAGCUGGGCCACCGAGGCGUCCAACUUCGACUGGCGCGCGCAGGCGUGCCACCCGGGCCAGGUCUGCGGCCACUUCACGCAGCUCGUCUGGAACGACACCGAGUACGUCGGCUGCGGCAGGUCCGAGUGCUUCGCCGGCGGCGUGUUCAUCACCUGCUCAUACGACCCGCCGGGGAACUGGAAGGGGGAGGUGCCGCUCACCUGAGCUGAGCUGAGCAUCGCAUCGGCAUCCAUCCAUGGGGAUGGGGACAGGUAGCUGGCGCUGCUGGUCCGAGAGCGACCAUUAUUACACUGUGCUAUUGUUGCUAACUUGCUGUUACUGCUGCUAUUGCUAUUCAUGCUCGAUUUUGGACUUGAUAUAUACUGUAUAUUUGAGUUGCUCGAGGUUCUUCUUUAAUUUCCUCGAAAGCAGAAAAUGAU